UGCCACCAGACGCUUGGUGAAGUUCAUGGAUAAAAGGCGCACGGCAUGGUGGUUGGCGACACCAACGGAACUGGAGGCUCACUCUGCUACGGAGGCAGUAUGAGGUCCCUUAUAGUCGAGGAACACGCAAGGGAGUCCGGCGCAGUGCGUGUGGCAUCAUCUAACGGCAUGAGGAUCUCCGAUCAGCUGGUUCCGCAGCUCCUAAGCCUUGCGCACGACGUUGGAGAGGCAGCGGUGGUCGAAGCGGCGGGAUCCGGACCUUGGGAAAUGUUGCCCUCGAAUUCUCCGAGCCUUUUGAUGGAGCUGGCUAACCGGACGCGAUGUACCGAACAUAUCCUGAGCUACGGUGAGAUGGAGAAAGUAUUGAUAGGUGGAGUGCUUACCAUGCUCACGCUCAUCACUAUUUGCGGGAACCUGCUCGUGGUCAUCUCUGUUUGCUUCGUGAAAAAGCUACGACAACCCUCGAACUAUCUUAUCGUGUCCCUCGCGCUGGCUGAUCUGUCCGUGGCGCUUGCAGUUAUGCCGUUUGUCAGCAUAACGGAUCUCAUCGGUGGCCGGUGGAUCUUCGGCCAGUUCUUCUGUAACGUUUUCAUAGCCAUGGAUGUGAUGUGCUGUACAGCGUCAAUCAUGACGCUUUGCGUUAUUAGCAUUGACAGGUAUCUGGGCAUCACCCGGCCCUUAACAUACCCAGUGCGGCAAAACGGUUGGUGCAUGGCCAAAAUGGUGCUGUCUGUGUGGCUGUUGUCUGCAUCCAUCACCCUGCCACCCCUGUUUGGCUGGGCCCAGAAUGUCAAUGACGGGAAGGUGUGCCUGAUCAGCCAGGACUUUGGCUACACCAUCUACUCCACAGCCGUAGCCUUCUACAUCCCCAUGACCGUCAUGUUGAUCAUGUACCACCGGAUCUACCGUGCAGCCAAGCUAAGCGCAGCCAAGCACACCAUCACGGCGUUCCCGCGGCCAGGCACCACAGAACAUGCUGGCGAAGAUGAGGGCGCCAGCACCAGUGCCAAGGAUGAGUCAGCGGCAGCAGGGGGAUUGGACUGCGUCGCGAUGGCAAUGAAGCUGCACCGGGAGGUGGAGGAGUGCACGCAGCUGCCCCGCCUCCUGCGGGUGGGGGGCGUGGCCGGCAGCGGGUCCGACCGCAAGGGCAUCUCCGUGUUCAAGCGGGAGCAGAAGGCAGCAGCUACGCUGGGCGUGGUGGUGGGAGCCUUCAGCGUCUGCUGGCUGCCGUUCUUCCUGCUGUCCACGGCUCGGCCCUUUGUCUGUGGUACAGAGUGCAGCUGCGUGCCGCUGUGGGUAGAGCGCACGCUGCUGUGGUUCGGCUACGCCAACUCGCUCAUCAACCCCUUCAUCUACGCCUUCUUCAACCGCGACCUGCGCACCACCUAUCGCAACCUCCUGAGCUGCCGCUACCGCAACAUCAACCGCCGGCUCUCGGCCGUGGGCAUGCACGAGGCCCUGCGGCUGGUGGAGAGGCCAGAGGUCACUGUGUCAGGGUGAAGCACACCUGUUGAAACCUGCAUCAGGGUCAAAGGUUAAAAAUGCGCACGUAACUGAUGAAUCGGAACACUUAAGGACAGCUACAAGCAAAAGGUCAGUGGACAGAUACAGUGCCACGAACUGAUCGGGAAGAGGUCUGAUAAUCAGACCAUGGCACGUUCUGACAUGCAAGCCAACGGCCUGAUUAAACAAAACAGCACAUUGCUGUCUGAAGAACUACCAUAGACAUAGACUGGCAUUUUGCAGCGCAAAAGUAACCUCAUGCAUGUUCACACAGGAGCUCUAAUCCUAACCCAGGAUGAGAUAGCUCCCAGUAAUCAGUUGGCUUCGUUUGCUGGCACAAUAUUCUCUACAAAUGUUGGUCAUGAUUUUAUAAGAUACUUGUAUAUCUUUAUUCGAGGCAAGAGAAUUAUUGUACCAUUUUCUCUAGCUAUUAAUCUAACGUCUUACUUUUUAGAGAAUGAAGCUUGUAAAGAGACUGGACCGUAUGAUGGAUGUGUAUUGUAUGAUAUUGUUUGGAGGGUCUUUUUGUACGUUUUAGAGUCAGACCAGGUUGGUUGGCAGUGAAAUCUUUAAAACUGAAAGCCAUUUCAGGACUCUUACUGCUCUUAUUCCCAUGAGUCUCUACUGAACCAUGAAUGACAAAAGGGAGUCUUAUAAAUAUCACUCUCAGUCAUAUGUUACUUUUAUCAGCAAAAUCUGGUCUAGCUUUGAUCAAAUUCCAUUUACAUUUAUUACAUGUAACCUAUUUGUUGAUGAGCAUUCUAUUUUGAAACGAAGUAAUCUGUUUAAUAACGUAUUUGUUUUGUACAGUAAAUGUAUUUGUACUGUGAAAUAUGCUGUGCACGUCACUGGUAUUUAUUCUGGUAGACAUUGGAUCCAUUCAGUUUAUCAGGUUCAACACAUUUACUUAUAUGUAAGCAGAAAUUUUGUAAAAAAAAAAACAAACAAACACAAAAAACAAAAAACAAAAAAAACAC